CCCCCCCCCCCCCCCCCGGCGACCCCGAAGUCCUCUCUCUCUCUCUCUCUCUCUCUUCCUCCCUCCUUCCCUCCCCCCGCUCUCCUCCUGUUCUCUCCCCUGUCAUGGCUGUUCCCGAGGAUUAGGGUUUUUUUGGGCGGGUAAAUUUUGUACGAAAUGUUGCACAUAACCCCCCUUUCUCCCUCCAAUCCCUCCGUUCUUGCACCCCCGGAAUCCCCUGGGUCGCGCAUGGCUUGAUUUCUGCUCCCUUCACCCCCUUCCUGAGGUGGCUGUCCUGGUAUGGAAAUGCGUAAUUCCAAAGAACAUGGAAAUGGACAAACUUACAUGAUUCAGGGUGCCGAGUCAAGCCAGCUGAUGGCAAAUCCACAGUUUGAACAAGUCGAAAGCAUGUAUACUGAAGGAGCCCCUGAGUUUGUUGUCGAUCAGGGUUUAUACUAUCCUACUGCCACUAACUAUGGUUAUUACUGUACAGGAUUUGGAGCACCCACUGAUUGGGAGGACCACCAUAGGAUUUUUGGUGUAGAUGGUCCAGAUGUCCAGUUCAAUGGUGUUCAAACGGAAAGUUUGCCUUAUGUAUAUUAUACCCCUGGCUAUGGCUAUGCCGAAUCUCCAUACAACCCAUACAAUCCUUACAUUCCUGGUGCAAUGAUAGGAGUUGAUAACCCAUUUGUUGGGGCACAACAGUAUUAUACUGUUCCUCCAUAUCAGAAUUCUGUCUCUUCUUCUGGUUACAUUCCAAUUAUUGUUCAAUCAGAUAUCGCGUCGCCUGAAGCCCUGUUAAAUACUGGGACCACUAAUAUUAGAUCUGAAGGAAGAGGUUCAAAAAACAAUUUUGCCUCUCCAUCAGCCACCUUUGUCAGGAACGCAUCCAAAACUUCAAACCAUGCAAAUCUCAAUAGGCUUUCAGAUGGGGCAAAAGACUCUGGAUUGGGCAAGCCAGCUGUCCCGUAUGGAGGCCUUUCUGGAGGGGCUGUUCCUACUUCUACCUCUCGUGCUUUUCAGGGUAGAAGUGCUUCAAGCUCAAUCCAGCCUUUAGAUAGUAACUUUAGCGGAAAGGUUCCAUCUCAUCGUGGCCAGUUCAAGGUUGGUUUUUCUGAGUUUGGAUCAAGUGGUCAUGGAUGGGUCUCAUCGGAGAAGCCUCGACCAAAGUUCCAUCUAGGCCGACUGCAGGACAAUGUCAAUGGGCCUGCUGAUUCAUUCGGAGAACAGAACCGGGGCCCAAGGACCAACAGACCAAAAAGUCAGCUAGCUGUGAAAGCCUAUACCACCAAGGCAGGGGAUGCUAACGCUCAAGGAAUAAUUAUUAUUGAUACUGACCAGUAUAACAAGGACGAUUUCCCUCUUGACUAUGAGGAUGGCAAGUUCUUUGUGAUAAAGUCGUACAGUGAGGAUGAUGUUCACAAGAGUAUAAAAUACAAUGUCUGGUCAUCUACACCUCACGGAAACAAGAAGCUGCAGAGUGCCUAUGAGGAUGUGCAAAAAUUAGCUGCUGGGAAGCCCAGGGGCUGCCCUAUUUUCUUAUUCUUCUCUGUUAAUGCCAGCGGUCAGUUCUGUGGUGUUGCUGAGAUGAUUGGACCAGUGGACUUCCAUAAGGAUAUGGACUUUUGGCAGCAAGACAAAUGGAGUGGAAGCUUCCCUGUAAAAUGGCACUUCAUUAAAGAUGUGCAGAACACUGCCUUUAGGCAUAUCAUUCUAGAGAACAAUGAGAACAAGCCAGUCACUAAUAGCAGAGAUACACAAGAGAUAUUUUAUAAGCAGGGGAUGGAGAUGCUCAAAAUAUUCAAGAGUCACGCAUUGAAGACGUCUAUUCUCGAUGACUUCAUGUAUUAUGAGAAUCGUCAGAAGAUGAUGCAGGAGGAGAGAGCUCGGUUACUGGUUAGAAGUUUCCAGAACCCAUUUUCAGUGCCUGCUCUUGAUCCACCUCGUAAAUUGUUGACCAUCAUCAAUGAACCACUGAAUCAAGAGGCAAUUGGCGACCGCAAAGAACCGAACAUUGUAAGAAAGAAUACAGUGACUGGGAACGAGUCGGUUGAUCGAAACUCCAACAAGAAAUCACCUGAGGAGGCUUCUGCUGGAGAAGGCAAGGAUGAUAUAACAUCAGGGUUGAAGAUCGGUUCACUCACUAUCAAUCCCAAAAAUGAAGAGGAAUCAGCUGAAGUGGCUCCCUCAACUGGCGCUACCAAAGUUGAUACGGAACAGUCGGAAGUUGUGACGGUUGGAUCAAUGCCGGUUAAGGUCAACGGGUUUAAUGAAGCUUCAGGAUCUUUAACUGUGGGGACUAUCCCACUCGAUCCUUGGGCCCUCCAGGAGGCUGACACGGAAGGAUCUGCCUCCACAGGUGGCACCCCGAAACUAAUCACAAGGACAGGUUAAUGAUUCAGCAUGUCGUCCCUCGUCAUACUGUGUCCCUGGGGACGGAUCUCAUCCUUGCCUCGGGGGUUGCUUUGGACGUGGACGAGGUUCGAUCGUUGUUCUUGUCAUUUGCCAUUUUACUGUUUCUUUUAAUUGGAGUAACCGUUUUAUAGAUGGAUGAUGUUCUUUGUGACCCCCCGUCUUCAUCACUUUCAAAUUGCUGCAAUUUGUAUGUUUUUGGUUCUAAAAGUUUGAUGGUUCUGGGGGGAGAUAGUGGGGGUUUAUGUUCUUGCUGCUGAAAUUUCCAUUAUUUGGGAAAUAAAAAAAAAAAAAAAGGAUCAACCCUAAAUAUUCUUCAGAUUUAUAUUGGAGAUACAAAUGUCUCCUUUCGUCUUAUUGAGUAAAACAUUGCUUAUGAUCCCAUUAAUCGUAUUGUGCCCUGUUAGUUUUU